GCAGAAUAACAACAUGGCAGCUGUUCUAUCGCCGAGACCGUGCGAUAGCAAUCCUGCGACUCCUGGGACACAGUCUAUAAAGGAUGACAUUGAGGAGAACUCCAGUGAUGGGAGUCAAGCCCCCAAGAGGCGCAGGAUGGGCUCAGGAGACAGUUCCAGGAGCUGUGACACUUCCAGUCAUGAGCUCGGACCAACAUACUUCCCUGCUGAAAACCUGACAGAAUACAAAUGGCCUCCGGAUGACACGGGAGAGUAUUAUAUGUUACAAGAACAAGUGAGCGAGUACUUGGGAGUCACGUCUUUCAAGCGCAAAUAUCCAGAAAUGGAAAGAAGAGACCUGUCUCACAAAGAAAAACUUUAUCUGAGAGAGCAGAAUGUCAUUACCGAAACACAGUGUACAUUGGGUCUCACAGCUUUGCGCAGUGAUGAAGUUAUUGAUUUAAUGAUUAAAGAGUAUCCAGCCAAACAUGCUGAAUAUUCAGUCAUUCUCCAGGAGCGAGAGCGGCAGAGGAUAACGAAAGAGUACAACGUCAGCACUCUUAGUGUACAAAUGCAGCAGCAGAAUCCUCAGAAAGUUGAAGCCAGCAAAGUGCCAGAAUACAUUAAGAAAGCUGCUAAAAAAGCUGCUGAAUUCAACAGUAAUUUCAACCGAGAGCGGAUGGAGGAGAGAAGGGCUUAUUUUGACCUUCAGACACAUAUUAUUCAGGUACCUCAAGGAAAAUAUAAAAUCCUCCCUCCAGAAAGAACUAAGACCGGUCCGUACCCUGUUGCCCUCAUUCCCGGCCAGUUCCAGGAGUACUACAAAAGGUACUCUCCGAAUGAGCUCCGCUACUUGCCCUUGAACACAGCCCUCUUUGAGCCUCCACUGGACCCAGAACUGCCUGCCCUGGACAGUGAUGGAGACUCUGAUGAUGGUGACGAUGGAAAAGAAGACAGCAAGAAAAAUAAAGGUUCCUCCGACAGUUCAUCAGGAAACACCUCAGAUGGAGACAGCCAGGACAGCGGCAUUCACUCCAAAGUCAAAAGCAAAGACCGACCGGGCACCCAGGGCAAAGACGGCACUCCUCGCUCCAUCCAACACAAAUCUGUCCCUGGGUACAAGCCUAAGGUCAUUCCCAAUGCUAUAUGUGGCAUAUGUCAGAAGGGUAAGGAGGCCAACAAGCGAGGCAAACCAGAGGCUCUCAUCCACUGCUCCCAGUGCCAAAACAGCGGUCACCCGUCCUGCUUGGAUAUGAGUUUGGAUUUGGUGGCCAAGAUCAAGAUGUACCCGUGGCAGUGUAUGGAGUGUAAGACGUGCACCGUGUGUGAGCAGCCUCAUCAUGAGGAGGAGAUGAUGUUCUGUGAUAAGUGUGAUCGAGGCUUUCACACCUUCUGUGUGGGCAUGGACUCCAUUCCUAUGGGUUGCUGGGUCUGCGAUUUAUGCAGCAAAGACAUUUCAACACCUCAGAAGAAAGGACAAACAAAAACACCAAAAAAGGCCAAAUAACUUGCAAAAAAUGGACCCAAUUUUAGACCAUGCUUUUGAUUUAUUCUUUUUCUAUUUUUCUAUUAUUUGAAUGACAAGUCCGUGUGUGUUUUGUAUGUCGCAUUGUGUUUGUAGCAGAUUUUUUACACACUUGUUUCUCUGUUGAUUAUGCUUUUUUAUUGAUUUGUUAAAUAAAUUUGAAACC